UUUUUUUUUCGUGCUCAUCCAUUAUCUCUCUCCUUCUUCACUGUCCAUUUUCCUCUUCUCGAAUCGCUAUCGAACGGAUUGGGACGAACACUUUUCCUCCGGGAACGCUUGCUCUGCUGAUUUCUCGCUCCUAGUCUCCUUCUUCCGGCGAGCAUUACCCGGGAGCCUGGAGGAAUCCGGAGAGAUCCUCCCGUUGAUCUAGGGUUUUUUUUUUCCUUUCUCUCUAGAUUUGAAUCGGCCGUUGCUUUCGUUUUUUGUUUUUUUUGCGCGCUCUGAUCGGAAGUUCUGUCUCGGCGUGGAGGAUAUCCCGAUUGUUUCUUCCUGGCUUGGCUCGAGAUCCCGGGCCAAGCACAGAAGAACCGCUUCACCGUUUCCGGAUUCACUUCCCUUUCUUCGCUCCUCUCUUCAGACUCGGCAAGCUGACUGCGGCGGCAGAGAGGGGGAAAAUGCGAGAGCGCAAGUGUGUUUUAGUGGUCGAGUGUUUUUGUUUUGGCAAGGUGGAGUUCCAGAUGUUUAGAUAUCCGUGUUGAGCUUCAGAUCGUUGCGAAUCGAGAUGCAGAAGGUAUUGUACAGGAUUCGUUGUGUAAAUGGCGUCGAAUGAGGGAUUUCUAACUGAUGAGCAAAGAGAAGUGUUAAAACUUGCCUGUCAGAACGCAGACAACUUGGCUUCACCGCCUAAAAGCUUGUCCUCUUCACCUAAAUCCCCUUCAGGGUUGCGUCCUGAACACUUCGUGAGAGUUCCUGGUGCUGGCAAAGCAUCCACAGGUGGGGCUGGUGGCAGGCAUGUAAAGCGAUCGCACUCUGGCAAGUACGGGAGAGCAAAGAAGGAUGGUGCUGGUGGCAAGGGAACAUGGGGGAAGCUUCUUGAUACAGAGGGUGAUAUCCAUAUUGAUCGCAAUGAUCCUAAUUAUGACAGUGGAGAGCAGGAACCCUAUAAACUCGUUGGGGCUACCUUAUCUGAUCCCUUGGAUGACUACAAGAAAGCCGUUGCUUCCAUUGUAGAAGAGUAUUUCAGUACUGGGGAUGUAGAAGUUGCAGCAUCAGACCUCAGAGAACUUGGAGCCAGUCAAUAUCAUCCAUACUUUAUCAAGAGGCUCAUCUCCAUGGCCAUGGAUAGACACGACAAGGAGAAGGAAAUGGCUUCCGUUUUACUGUCCUCGCUAUAUGCUGAUGUUAUAACUCCUGCACAAAUCCGGGAUGGUUUCGUCAUACUUCUCGAAUCUACUGAUGACCUUGCUGUAGAUAUCUUGGAUGUUGUAGAUGUCCUUGCUUUAUUUGUAGCGCGGGCCGUGGUUGAUGAGAUACUCCCACCUGCUUUUCUCCCACGGGCAAAGAAAACUAUUCCUGAAGCGUCGAAGGGAUUUCAGGUUCUAUUGACUGCUGAAAAAUCCUACCUUUCAGCUCCUCACCAUGCUGAGCUUGUGGAGAAUAGAUGGGGUGGUAGCACUCGUAACACUGUUGAAGAGGUGAAGAAGAAGAUUGCCAGUCUGUUGAGGGAAUAUGUCGAGAGUGGACAUGCUGUUGAGGCCUGUAGAUCCAUUCGAGAGCUAGGGGUUACAUUCUUCCAUCAUGAAGUUGUGAAGAGAGCUUUAGUUCUUGCAAUGGAGAUCCAAACUGCUGAACCACUCAUAUCCAAGCUCCUGAAGGAAGCUUCAGAGGAAGGCCUCAUAAGUCCUAGUCAAAUGACCAAAGGCUUUGCUCGGUUGGCAGAGAGCCUCGAUGACCUUGCACUCGACAUUCCAUCUGCCAGACCCCUUUUCCAAUCUAUCGUUUCUAAAGCCAUCUCAGAAGGAUGGCUGGAUGCUUCCUUCUCAAACAAUUCAGGUGAAGAUAGGGAACCACAAGCUGAAGCCGCGAAGUUGAAGCGCUACAAAGAGGAGGUUGUUGCAGUUAUCCAUGAGUACUUCGACUCCGAUGAUAUCCCUGAACUGAUCAGGAGUUUGGUAGAUCUCGGUUUGCCGAAGUACAAUCCGAUAUUCUUGAAACGGCUUAUAACCCUUGCCAUGGACAGGAAAAACAGGGAGAAAGAGAUGGCAUCUGUUUUGCUCUCGGCGCUUCACAUAGAGAUCUUCUCCACAGAAGAUAUAGUUGAUGGCUUUGUCAUGCUCUUGGAAUCAGCUGAAGAUACCGCGCUCGACAUCCUGGAUGCCUCGAACGAGCUGGCCUUGUUUCUAGCCAGGGCCGUGAUAGAUGACGUGCUGGUACCUUUGAAUCUAGAGGAGAUAGGUGGCCAGCUGCCGCCAAACAGCAGCGGGAGCGAGACUGUGAAAAUGGCCAGAUCUCUCAUCACUGCCCGCCACGCUGGCGAAAGGCUCCUGAGGUGUUGGGGAGGCGGGACCGGGUGGGCCGUGGAAGAUGCAAAGGACAAGAUCACGAAGUUGUUGGAGGAGUACGAUAGCAGUGGCGGAGUGGGAGAGGCGUGCCAGUGCAUCCGCGACUUGGGGAUGCCGUUCUUCAACCACGAGGUGGUGAAGAAGGCGCUGAUCAUGGCGAUGGAGAAGAAGAACGACAGGAUGCUGGACCUGCUCCAGGAGUGCUUCAACGAAGCGCUGAUCACCACCAACCAGAUGACGAAAGGGUUCACUCGUAUCAAGGAAGGGCUCGACGAUCUCGCUCUCGACAUACCAAAUGCGGAGGAGAAGUACGCCUUCUACGUCGAGUAUGCCCAGAAGAAGGGCUGGCUUCAGGCAUCGUUUUAGACCCUAGAUGGCCCUUUUUUUACUUGAGAAGCACGCAGCGCUCCUUGUACUGGGUUUAGAUAGACGAGUAUGAGAGAUGUAUUAGAUUCCUCUGAUACGAUUGUUUCUCCUUGUUUUUUUUUUUCUUCCUUAUCUUUGGUUCUGGGUUCUGUUGGUGUUUCAGGAAAGGGUCAAACGAGGGAAUUGUUUUAUGAUCCAAGCCAAUGUACAAAGUUGGUUUCUCAUAUUUACCAAGUAGCUUUUAUCUUCACACUUGAAUUAGAUAAUUAGCACCGGUAAAUAUCAUUACAUCAAUCUCAU